GGAUGCUGCGGCAGGUUCUGCACAGGGGCUUGAGGACGUGUUUCUCCCGGCUCGGCCACUUCAUUGCCAGUCACCCGGUCUUCUUCGCCUCGGCGCCGGUGCUCAUCUCCAUCCUGCUCGGCGCCAGCUUCAGCCGCUACCAGGUGGAGGAGAGCGUGGAGCACCUGCUGGCGCCCCAACACAGCCUGGCCAAGAUCGAGCGCAACCUCGUCAACAGCCUCUUCCCGGUCAACCGCUCCAAGCACCGGCUCUACUCGGACCUGCAGACCCCAGGGCGCUACGGCCGGGUCAUCGUCACCUCCUUUCAGAAAGCCAACAUGCUGGACCAGCAUCACACCGACCUGAUCUUAAAGUUGCAUGCUGCUGUGACCAAGAUCCAGGUUCCAAGGCCUGGUUUUAAUUACACGUUUGCCCACAUAUGUAUCCUGAAUAAUGAUAAGACUUGCAUCGUGGAUGACAUAGUGCACGUCCUGGAAGAGCUAAAGAAUGCUCGGGCCACCAAUCGGACCAAUUUUGCUAUCACAUACCCGAUCACUCACUUAAAGGACGGCAGGGCUGUGUACAAUGGGCACCAGCUUGGGGGUGUCACUGUGCACAGCAAGGACCGAGUGAAGUCUGCAGAGGCUAUCCAGCUCACCUACUACUUGCAGUCAAUCAACAGUCUCAAUGACAUGGUGGCCGAGAGGUGGGAGUCCAGCUUCUGCGACACUGUCAGACUGUUCCAGAAAUCCAACAGCAAAGUCAAAAUGUACCCUUAUACAUCCUCAUCACUGAGGGAAGAUUUCCAGAAGACCAGCCGUGUGUCAGAACGUUACCUGGUCACCAGCCUGAUCCUGGUGGUCACCAUGGCCAUCCUCUGCUGCUCUAUGCAGGACUGCGUCCGCAGCAAACCCUGGCUAGGCCUGCUCGGGUUGGUGACCAUAAGCCUGGCCACCCUCACUGCAGCUGGGAUCAUCAAUCUUACUGGGGGAAAAUACAAUUCCACCUUCCUGGGAGUCCCUUUCGUCAUGCUAGGUCAUGGAUUAUAUGGGACUUUUGAAAUGUUAUCCUCCUGGAGGAAAACUAGAGAAGACCAACAUGUUAAAGAGAGAACUGCAGCAGUCUAUGCAGACUCCAUGCUCUCCUUUUCUCUCACCACUGCCAUGUACCUGGUCACCUUUGGCAUAGGGGCCAGCCCUUUCACGAACAUUGAGGCAGCCAGGAUUUUCUGCUGCAAUUCCUGUAUUGCAAUCUUCUUCAACUACCUCUAUGUACUCUCGUUUUAUGGUUCCAGCCUGGUGUUCACUGGCUACAUAGAAAACAAUUACCAGCAUAGUAUCUUCUGCAGAAAAGUCCCAAAGCCUGAGGCACUGCAGGAGAAGCCAGCAUGGUACAGGUUUCUCCUAACAGCCAGAUUCAGUGAGGACACAACUGAAGGCGAGGAAGCGAACACUUACGAGAGUCACCUAUUGGUAUGUUUCCUCAAACGCUAUUACUGUGACUGGAUAACCAACACCUAUGUCAAGCCUUUUGUAGUUCUCUUUUACCUUAUUUAUAUUUCCUUUGCCUUAAUGGGCUAUCUGCAGGUCAGUGAAGGGUCAGACCUUAGUAACAUUGUAGCAACUGCGACGCAAACCAUUGAGUACACUACUGCCCAGCAAAAGUACUUUAGCAAUUACAGUCCUGUGAUUGGGUUUUACAUAUAUGAGUCCAUAGAGUACUGGAACACCAGUGUCCAAGAAGAUGUUCUAGAAUACACCAAGGGGUUUGUGCGGAUAUCCUGGUUUGAGAGCUAUUUAAAUUACCUUCGGAAACUCAACGUAUCCACUGGCUUGCCUAAGAAAAAUUUCACAGACAUGUUGAGGAAUUCCUUUCUGAAAGCCCCCCAAUUUUCACAUUUUCAAGAGGACAUCAUCUUCUCUAAAAAGUACAAUGAUGAGGUCGAUGUAGUGGCCUCCAGAAUGUUUUUGGUGGCCAAGACCAUGGAAACAAACAGAGAAGAACUCUAUGAUCUCUUGGAAACCCUGAGGAGACUUUCUGUCACCUCCAAGGUGAAGUUCAUCGUCUUCAAUCCAUCCUUUGUGUACAUGGAUCGAUACGCCUCCUCUCUGGGAGCUCCCCUGCACAACUCCUGCAUCAGUGCUUUGUUCCUGCUAUUCUUCUCGGCAUUCCUGGUGGCAGAUUCUCUGAUUAAUGUCUGGAUCACUCUAACGGUUGUGUCCGUGGAGUUUGGAGUGAUAGGUUUCAUGACUUUGUGGAAAGUAGAACUGGAUUGCAUUUCUGUGCUAUGCUUAAUUUAUGGAAUUAAUUACACAAUUGACAAUUGUGCUCCACUGUUAUCCACAUUUGUUCUGGGCAAGGAUUUUACAAGAACUAAAUGGGUAAAAAAUGCCCUGGAAGUGCACGGGGUAGCUAUUUUACAGAGUUACCUCUGCUAUAUUGUUGGUCUGAUUCCUCUUGCAGCUGUGCCUUCAAAUCUGACCUGUACACUGUUCAGGUGCUUGUUUUUAAUAGCAUUUGUCACCUUCUUUCACUGCUUUGCCAUUUUACCUGUGAUACUGACUUUCCUGCCACCCUCUAAGAAAAAAAGGAAAGAAAAGAAAAAUCCUGAAAACCGGGAGGAAAUUGAGUGUGUAGAAAUGGUGGAUAUUGAUAGUACCCGAGUGGUUGACCAAAUUACAACAGUGUGAUAGUGUCUGCUUGGUAUAUUUUCACCUUAGGUCUUAUCAGGAGCAAAGAGAUUAUGUUAAUGAAACAAUUAAAUUCAAAGUUGUUCCUUUCUUUAAGGAUAGGAAACAGGCAUU